UUAAAUAAUAUGAUGAAGUUUUAUAUAAAAAUUUUGAAUUCCGUGUGGAUAGUGCUGAUACUUAACUUUACAAAAAAUGUAAAAGCCGGUCAGUGCUCGUUUGAAGUGGAGAGAUGUGGUUGGGGAUAUAUUCAAACAGUUAAUAGCUUCGACUGGAGUGUUGGAGACUGUAACCGUUUGACACACAAGAUCACAGACAACAAAGUAAGUUGUGCGCAUAUCGGACUUGGACUGGAGGUGGUAGAACGCAGAGCACUGUUGAGGCUUCCUCUGAACCUUACUUCUGCUGUUAUCUCAUUUCGAUUUUUUAUUAUCACUGGUGCUGGAGGUAUUAAGAUGUACCUGAAUACAGCAAGUUAUGAAGAGCAGUACUGGAGUUCUUAUGGAAGUGAAUAUAAUAAGUGGAUACAUCUGUCUCUUUGCUUCUUCGGAAUACGUCAACCAGCUUGGUUGAUAUUUGAAGCCAAAAGAACAUUGACCACGGAAUAUGACCUAAACAAACUCUUGGUAGAUGAUAUUGCUGUUGAACAAGCCUUCGACGUCCAUGCUUGUUACCCCUUCCGUACAACUACACCGUUUAUGGCACAUAUCGCUACAGAUCUAUCUGAAUCAACAGUUGGCUGGAAAUCUACAAAUACUUACACACCGAGAAUAAUAUACAUUUCAAUGACGGCAGUCAUUUUCUGCAUUUCGGGUGUACCACUCCCAGGCGGACGACCCCAUAUAGUAGGAGGACGGAACUUCCUGUUUCAACCUACAUCGUUGCGUGGACGCGCUCCAAUUAACGCCAGUACAAGAGGGACUAGCGUUACACUGAUUGAAGCAAUUCUCCAGGGUCGUUGGGCUUAUAUCUAG